AUGCGAGCACAGAUCUUCUUGGUCUUGAUCAAACUCCUCUUUUACUUCUUGCUGGGUUUCAUCAUCCAAUAUAACCUGGUCUAUGUCCAUUUCAAGGAACCGGAGUAUACCCUCAACAUGCUCCUCAUUCCGGUCGCAUUCAUCAUCAUGCUACUGGGUAUCUGGGUUGUCCAAAACGAGCGAAUCAUUGGCGUGGUUGCUAUUGUUAUAUGCUAUCUCAGUCUAGUCGCAUAUCUCAUCAGCCGUAUCGUCAUUAUCUGUGGCGCUCGAACCGAUGGAAAGGACAUGAUGUUGUUUUUUGCUUCGGUAUCCUUGCUGCUGACCUCUGCAACGAUUUGUUGCACCAUCAUCUGCAUUAAAAAUUUCGAUCGAGGCUUUCAGAUCAUUAAUCAGCAGAAGAAUGGCUAUGCACAGGAGUCAUAUUCACGAGAGUCAUAUUCUCUACCGGCUGGGAAUUAUCCAGCAGAGCCGUCUCGCUCCCUGUCGCGUCCUUCCUCGCGACUCACUCUUGACUAG